AUGGUCUCCAAUCAACCCGAAAGGAGGUCCAAGACUAUCGAACCGUCUAACAUCGAAGUGGUGCUCCCAUCCCACCGAAGGGAAGACGAGACGCGACUGACCCGGAAGCUCGAUUUUAGACUGGUUCCAGCUCUCUAUCUCCUGUGCCUAGUGGCUUUCAUGGACAAAAUCGCCAUUGGGAAUGCACGGAUCCAAGGAUUGGAACAGAGUGUGUUAGAUCCAGGUUCGAAUGAAUACAACGUCGUCAUUUCCCUCUACUGGAUUCCGUACAUUCUGGCACAGAUUCCUAGCAACAUCCUUAUGAAGCUGAUCCCCCCUCCGAUAUAUCUCAGUACCAUUACUGCUCUCUUUGGGAUUGUGACUGUUUGUCAGGGGUUUGUUCACAGUUAUGGCUCCCUAGUGGUGUGCCGCUGCCUGCUAGGGCUAUUUGAGGCAGGAAUAUCACCAGGGUCUGUGUACUUAUUAACAAUGUACUACCCGCGAUGGGAGCUGCAAAAGAGAUUCGCCAUUAUCUGGACGAAUGGAUUUGUGGCGGGUGCAUCGAGUGGGUUACUCGCUUUUGCCUUGGCCAAGAUGGAUGGCUUGGGCGGGCUGGCUGGUUGGCGGUGGAUUUUCAUCGUCGAAGGGCUGGUCACAAUUGUGGUGAGCGGUGUUGCUUACUUUCUCCUCCUCGAUUGGCCGGCGAACACGAAGGGUCUCACUGCCGUUGAGAGGGAAAUACUGAAAACCAAGAUGAAGGAUGACGGAGAGCACGCAAGAAUGGACAUGUUGACGCAUUCAGCAAUGCGGAGCAUCGCAAGGGACUGGAAGAUUUAUGUUGGUGCGUUACAGUACUGCAGCAUCUCGCUCUCGGGGGCCACUCUCAGUUUCUUCAUGCCCACCAUCAUCAAGGAGUUCGGCUAUUCAUCGUCGAUGGCUCAAGUCUUUACCAUUCCCGUGUGGACUGCUUGUGCCGUUGUCACCAUAGGGGUUGGUUGGCUGAGCGAUCAUUUACGAAAACGUGCAGUCUUCAUCUACCUCGGAUGCGGUGUGACAACAGUGGCAUACAUUCUGCUAGUCUGCCAGCAGCACUUUUCAAUUGGCGUCAAAUACAUGUCCAUCUUCAUCAUGGGCUCAGGGGUCUUCACGAUGCAGCCCAUCUCCGUUAUCUGGAUUCUAUCAAAUCUGUCUGGCCAUUACAAACGAUCCGUGGGUUCAGCGGCCGUUCUGGGGUUUGGCAGUAUCGGCUCCAUCAUCGCCAGCAAUAUCUUUCUGAGUAGAGAAGCGCCGACAUUUCGGACUGGAUACGCUGUCUCCUUUGCCUUCAUCGGACUCGAAGCAUUGCUAUGCACAGGCUAUCUGCUCGGGUUGAGGAGAGAGAACAGGAAGCGAGACUCUGGAGAGCGGGACUGGCGACUGAGCUUGCCGCAGGAUGAGAUCGAUAACCUUGGGGACGAUCAUCCAGAGUUCAGAUUCUGUUACUAG